AAUGACUCCAGCACGUGUAACUGGAAAAUCUGUCUUUAGAAAGAUCCGCCCAGCGUACGAUUUGUCGGGGUUGCGCCCAACGCGAGGGAACGAAGAAGAGCAGUCGCGCGCCGACCGCUGUCACGGUGUGUUCCUCAUGUGUCGCUCCGUUUUGAUUUGUAUAAAUUCGAGGCGCUUAACGCCCUAAGGGGCCGGUUAUAGCGCGAAUCCAUUAGGUAAAGUGUGCUUGUGAGAAGGAGGACCUCCAGGGUUAGUCUUCGAGAUGAGCUAUGAAGGGGGCCCUCGGCUGCCUGCUAGCCUCCAUUUUUAUUUUACAACUAUUUCGACCAAAUAUUUACACGUCAGCGCUGCCUCCAGUUGUCAAAAUUGGUGCAAUCUUUACUCAUGACCAAAAGGACAGCAGCACAGAGCUAGCCUUCAAGUAUGCCGUUUACAAAAUCAACAAAGAGAAAAUUAUUCUGCCAAAAACGAAUCUGGUGUACGACAUUCAGUAUGUACCCAAAGAUGACUCUUUCCAUGCAUCAAAAAAGGCUUGCCAACAGGUUAAAUUCGGCGUGCAGGCAAUUUUUGGUCCAUCGGACCCCAUACUUGGUCAGCAUAUUCAUAGCAUCUGUGAUGCACUGGACAUUCCACAUUUGGAGGUCAGGUUGGACUUGGAUACAGAGGCUAAAGAAUUUAGUAUCAAUCUUCAUCCCGCACAAAGUCUGCUCAAUUCUGCUUACCAAGACGUUAUGAAGUUUCUUAAUUGGACAAAAGUAGCAAUUAUUUACGAAGAUGAUUAUGGCUUAAUAAAGUUACGAGAGUUGGUGAAAUCGCCCAAGUUUCAUGAACUAGAAGUACAUAUGAGACAAACGGAUCCUAAUUCGUAUAAAGAAGUAUUGGCUGAUAUCAAAACGAAAGAAAUACAUAAUUUUAUCAUUGACACCAAGCCAAAAAAUAUGCAUCACUUUUUACGAAUGAUACUACAACUACAAAUGAAUGAUUACAAGUAUCACUACCUUUUUACCACUUUUGAUAUUGAAACCUUCGAUCUAGAAGACUUCAAGUACAAUUACGUUAAUAUCACUGCCUUUCGAUUAGUCGACGCUGACGACGCAGCAGUAAGGGGGAUUUUACGCGACAUGGAACGUUUUCAACCAGCUGGAAAUACAAUUCUCAAUAAAUCACACGUUAUUCAGGCUGAACCAGCCCUCAUUUACGACAGUGUUCAAGUAUUUGCAGUUGGACUACGAACUUUAGAACAAUCUCAUGCGCUGAGACCUGCCAAUCUUUCCUGUGAGCUCGAACAUCCUUGGGAUGGCGGAUUAUCACUAAUUAACUACAUAAACUCGGUGGAAAUGAAAGGUAUUUCUGGUCCUAUUGAGUUCAAAGAAGGUCGUCGCAUACAAUUCAAGCUAGACUUACUAAAACUGAAACAACAUUCUCUUGUAAAGGUGGGCGAAUGGAGACCCGAAUCAGGCGUAAAUGUAACAGAUUUUACAGCAUUUUUCGAACCUGGAACCGUAAAUGUUACACUGAAAGUCAUAACAAUUCCGGAGAGGCCAUAUGUUAUGAUGCACCAUGAAAAAAACUACACGGGUAACAAUCGGUUUUACGGGUUUUGCGUGGAUCUGCUCGAAGCAGUGGCAAAAUGUGUAGGCUUCGAUUAUCGUUUGGAGCUUGUUGAGGAUCGCAAAUAUGGCGCGAAAGAUCCAGAGACUGGCGAGUGGAAUGGCAUCGUCAAUGAACUCAUGCGACAUGAACAACCCUACGUAAUGCUGAAGAAGACCGGAAAUUUCAGUGGUAACGAACGGUACGAGGGAUUUUGCAUCGACCUACUAAGAGAGAUAGCACAAAUGGUUGGAUUUACCUACAAGAUCGAGCUUGUACCGGAUGGCAAGUACGGUGUUUACGAUUACGAGACUGGCGAGUGGAAUGGAAUUGUACGGCAAUUGAUGGAUAAGAAGGCUGAUUUAGCAGUAGGGUCAAUGACUAUAAAUUAUGCAAGAGAGAGUGUAAUCGACUUUACGAAGCCAUUUAUGAACCUCGGAAUCUCCAUACUCUUUAAGGUACCGACGAGUCACCCAGCUCGAUUGUUCUCGUUCAUGAAUCCUUUGGCGAUUGAAAUCUGGCUGUACGUUCUCGCUGCUUACGUUUUGGUCUCCGUGACAAUGUUCGUCGUCGCACGAUUUAGUCCUUACGAGUGGAAUAACCCACAUCCGUGCCAUUCGGGCCCGACGGAAAUUGUCGAGAAUCAAUUCUCCUUGGCAAAUAGUUUUUGGUUCACCAUCGGAACGCUGAUGCAGCAGGGUAGCGAUCUAAAUCCAAAGGCAACGAGUACUCGGAUUGUAGGGGGAAUUUGGUGGUUCUUCACCCUAAUAAUAAUUUCAUCAUACACCGCAAAUCUUGCUGCAUUUUUAACUGUCGAGCGAAUGAUUACGCCAAUAGAAAAUGCUGAAGAUCUUGCUGGGCAAACGGAUAUUACUUAUGGGACACUUGACAGCGGAAGCACCAUGACAUUUUUUCGAGACUCAAUGAUUGAAACUUACAAAAAAAUGUGGCGUUUUAUGGAAAAUAAAAAACCAUCAGUAUUUGUAUCUACAUAUGAAGAAGGAAUCCAGCGGGUACUACAGGGUGACUACGCAUUCUUAAUGGAAUCAACAAUGCUAGACUAUAUUGUACAACGUGAUUGUAAUCUCACCCAGAUUGCUGGACUACUUGAUAGCAAAGGAUAUGGAAUUGCGACACCAAUGGGUUCGCCAUGGCGAGAUAAAAUUUCAUUGGCAAUAUUAGAGCUCCAGGAGAAAGGGGAAAUUCAAAUGUUGUAUGACAAAUGGUGGAAAACUCCCGGAGAUACUUGUAUGAGAACUGAAAAAGGCAAAGAAAACAAAGCUAAUGCUUUAGGUAUUUCUAAUAUAGGUGGAAUAUUUGUCGUUUUAUUAUGUGGACUUGCAUUUGCUGUAUUAGUUGCAAUAUUUGAAUUUUGUUAUAAUUCAAAACGAAAUUCCAUAUCUGAACGGUCAUCAUCAACUGUACAACCACCUCCUACAUGCUCAGGCUCACUGCAAGCAAUUCCGCAGAGUAUGCAACAGCAGAAUCAGCAGCAGGAAUCUCUUUGCACUGAAAUGAUGCGUGAACUCUAUCAUGCACUACGCUGUCGACCAUCGUCUCAUAGACGACGAGCAUGCGAGAAAUGUUUGACCCAUGUUGUGGGUUACCCAUUAGACAAUUUUACUACGGCCCCUUUCAAUGGAAUGAGAUCUCAGCAGAGCAGCCUAAGAGUGUCAAAUGAAUUACCGCCAUCUCACCUUCACUUACAUCAUAAUACUUCACAUGAUUAAGAAGGACAUAAAUAAUUAAACAAAUAAAACAAUCAGAUCUAAAAAAGUUUGUCAUUGUAAAUGAAAUAACUACUAAAUAAUUUGAUAAUUUAUUAUAAAUUUUAAAUGUAUAUUAUUCGAUUUAAAUAAUUGUAGCAUUUUGAGAAAUCAUUUAAUACAGAAAUGUUACACUCAAUUAACUCGAAUUGUAUGAAAAAAUACACAUAGAAUUAGUUAAGUUAUCAAAGUUCAUCGAUUGUGAUCUCAAACAAUUAUCAGUGGUUUCGUUAUAAAACCGGAUGAUUACCUUUAAUUUUGCAUGGUACUGGUAAUUAUUACUGAAUGAUUUUUGCAGUUGUGUUAUCAAGAAUAGUCACUACCGUCUCUAGCCAAUUUUAAGAAAAAGUUCUACAACAUCCCGGACUUCUUUGUAAAUACAAAUCGCGUAAAUAUAUAUAAUUAUUAGUUAAAUAUAUUCAUAAAAAAAAAUAUUAAUAAUAAUAACGAUUAUAACUAAUAAUAGUAAUAAUAAUAAUAAUAACUAUAAUUAUAAUAAUAAAAAUUAUAAUAAUAAUAAUAAUAAUAAUAAUUAUUAUUAUUAUUAUUAUUAUUAUUAUUAUUAUUAUAAUAAAUUUAGAAACAAUUAUUCAAUGUUUUAUAUUAUUUUUUUGUACAUACGAAU